AUGUCAGACAUCAAAGAGGUUCAUCUCACCACGACAAAUUCUUCGAAUGGCGUGCGUGACCCCAAAGGUGCCGUGACCAAUGUCGCAGUCAUCGCAGGCUCUGAAGCCAUCGUGGAAGCUAAGUUGAAGGAGCCUGUGCAGCGCUUUUCCAAAUCUGCAAUGCUGCUUUACGUCUGUGCUUUUGUCGGCUUCUUCUGCUCCACCUGUAAUGGCUUCGAUGGGUCCAUGUUCAACUCGCUUCUCACGAGUAAACAGUUCAAGGAUUACUACGAUGUCGAAAGUACUGGUGCCUGGGCCGGUAUCGUGACCUCCAUGUACCAGAUUGGUGGUGUUGUUGCACUCCCUUUUAUCGGCCCUGCUUGUGAUACGUGGGGCCGGAGGAUUGGUAUGGUGAUUGGAGGGGCUCUUGGUUGCGCUGGUGUUAUCAUCCAGUCCACUGCACCUGCUUCCAACCCUGUGGGUCAAUUCAUGGGCGGAAGAUUCUUGUUAGGCUUCGCUGUACCCAUUCUGACUACCGCUGGACCCUUGUUUGUCGUCGAGACUGCGCAUCCAGCUCACCGAGGUGUUAUUACUGGCCUCUACAACACCUUCUGGUUCGUCGGAUCGAUUCUCGCAGCUGGUGUCACCCGCGGCUCUGCCAGUCUCGGCGGCAAUCAGUCCUGGAGGGUUCCUGUCUGGCUUCAAAUGCUCUUCCCAGGUAUCCUCACCAUAAUCCCCUGGUUCCUACCAGAAUCUCCUCGCUGGCUGUACACGCGCGGCAAAUACACUCAGGCCAAGAAGAUUCUCGCAAAGUACCAUGGUUGUGGUAAUGAAGAUAGUAUCUGGGUAUCCAUGCAGCUUCGCGAGUAUGAGGAGUAUCUCAACAUGGAUGGUGGUGACAAGCGCUGGUGGGACUAUCGUUCCCUUUUCAAGACCCGCCAAGCUCGCUACCGCCUCGCCUGCAACUGCGUCGUUGCUAUCUUUGCGCAGUGGGCGGGAAAUGGUGCUGUCGACUACUUCAUCUCCGGUGUUCUUGAGUCGGCAGGCGUAACGGGAGAAAUCGAGCAGAUGAACAUUAACCUGGGAAAAAGCUGCAUGCAAUUUGCCUUUGCCAUUGCGGGUGCUCUUUCCGUCGACAAACUCGGUCGCCGCCCAAUGCUGAUCGGGACCUUCUCCGCUAUCACCUUCAUCUGGGCCGGCGCUAUCGGUGCUGUUUCCUACCAAAACAAAACGGACAGCGCCGCCGCUGGCAAUGCCUUUGUCGCCCUAGUCUUCCUCUUCAAUGCCGUCUUCGCUUUUGGUAUCACACCACUGCAGGCUCUGUAUCCCGUCGAAGUACUUUCCUUUGAGAUUCGCGCAAAGGGCAUGGCUUUCUCUAACCUCUCGCUCACCACGGCCAUGUUGAUCAACCAGUUUGUUUACCCAAUUGCGCUAAAGAAGAUUGGCUGGAAACUGUAUAUUGUGUUUGUCUGCUGGUGUCCUGUACAGGCGUUUGUUGUCUGGUUGUUCAUUCCCGAGACGAAAAACCGUACGCUGGAGGAGAUUGACGAUAUUUUUAAUGCUCCGAAUCCGAGGAAUGCGUCGUUGGUUAAGAAGAGGCUGGCUACUGACGGAAAGGGGAAUGUACUCCAGAUUGAGAGGAUUUGA